AUGCCCGCGAUAUCUUCACCGACGACCACAGCACCAGCACCAGCGAACCAAGGCACCAAGCGGAAACAGGAUGUCGUUGUCCCCGGAACCCAAAGCAUCGAUGAAGCCGCGCGCCUCGCACAGGAAGAAGAUAAGCGACGCCGCAACACAGCUGCCAGCGCCCGCUUCCGCAUCAAGAAAAAGGAGCGUGAAAAGAACAUGGAACGCACCGUCAAGGACGUUACGGCCAAGAACGCCACACUGGAAGCCCGCAUCACCCAGCUGGAGAUGGAGAACCGGUGGCUGAAGAAUCUCAUCACUGAAAAAAACGGCGGCGCCCUUGCUGACGGUGACAUCGCGGGCAUGCUCUACAAAUACCGCACCAGCACGGAGGCGGCGUGA